AUGCGGAUCCGAGGAGAUCUGCUGAGAUGGCGGCAGAAGACAUUCUUCCAGAUCAACGCACCCCAUGGCGAAGACGCCACCAUGGAAAUAAACAGCCACGGGGAGUGGCGUGGUUCUUACAGUGAUCUUGGCCUUGGGCGUGUAGAUUCGCAGCCAAAACAUUUCGAGGAAGACCUCUUCCACUGUGACGGUCUCGUCAGUUGGUGGGAACUGCGUUCCCACAAGUUGAGGGACCUCGCCAAACUCGAUAGUGAACUAAAAGGAAGCGUCAUACAUUAG